CCACUUGACCCUCUCACCCUAACGGCUAGUUGUUGUUUAUUCCCUGAGUCCUUUUACAGCAAAAAGGUGGCUGAGCUCUGUGCCUCCCCGUCCAACUCCAAAACAUUCCCAAGAUUGGGUUUUUAUUUCAUUUUGUUGAUCGGAGAAAGGCGUCAAAUCAAAGAUUAAUCAUGAGCCAAAUUAUAGCGCUACAAGUUGAGCAGGCUGCUGCCUCAACUACUACAAAAUCCACUUCCACUCCUGUGGCGGCCAUGGCUCCUCCUCCUCCUCCUCCGCCGACUCAUCGCCGUCCCAGAGUCCGAGAGGUCAGCUCCAGGUUCAUGUCUCCCGCCGUACCUUCAUCUUCAUCGUCAUCGUCGUUGAAUCACAAAUUACAUCAGCAGUUAAGAAAUAGACGGAACAAAGAUGAUAAUCACGGGGAAGUCACGAGUUCCGCCGACGAGAAUUAUCGUCCCAUCGAAACCGCUCGGAGCUUAGAGUCGCCGUUUCUAUUCCAAUGGUCUGUUAGACAUCAACAACAACAGCCGCAUCAACGUAGAUCUGGUAACUCUUUGAGACCGGAUACUCCGACUUUGACGACGUCGCCAUUAAUAUCAUCAUCGACAAGACCUAGACUCAUCCAACGGACAGGCAGCGGCGGUGCCACGGCUGCUACAAAGCUUUUACAGUCCUUAUCAUCUCAAGACGACACUUCAUCAAUUGCUUCUGAUGAUAAUUCUUCACAAUUAUCAGAGUCCGAUAUGUUGCCAACGGUUUCUAAUCGAUUACUGGGAGACAGAAACAUCAACAGAGUUAAUUCUUCACUUAAUCUUCCUCUAUCUACUGCUUCUGUGAAAGGCAGUGAAAAGUCAACACCAGCUGUUUCGAGGUCUUACACUAACUCUGGGAAACUUGGGGGCUAUUGUUUGCCUCCGGUUGCCCUGCCGCAAACAAAGGCAGGGAUUGAUGCGAGGAAAAUUAAGAAAGUUUCGAGUCAUCAGGAAGACAUACAGUCUCUCAAGCUGCUUCACAAUCGUUAUCUGCAGUGGAGGUUUGCUAAUGCUAAGGCUGAGGCUUCUAUGCAAGCUCAGAGAAGAGAAACAGAGAGAACCCUUUACUUCUGCCUGGUUAACAUAGCGGAAAUGUAUGAGUCAGUGAAAAGGAAGCGCAUUGAACUUGAAAUUCUGCGGAGAAGAAAAAUGUUAUUGACGAUUCUUGAGGCUCAGAUGCCGUAUCUGGACAAUUGGUGUGCCUUGGAAGGUGAUUAUUCAAAUUCUUUGUCAGAAGGAAUUCAAGCUUUGGUGAACGCGUCCCUUCAACUUCCAGUCAGUGGGAAUGUUACGGCUGAUGUUGGGAAGGUGGGAGAGGCACUCAACUCUUCUAUGAAGUUAAUGGAAACUAUAAUUCUCAAUGUGCAAAGCUUUAUGCCAAAGGCAGAAGAAGUGGAAUUCUUGAUGUCAGAACUAGCUAAGGUGACUGGUGGAGAAACACUUCUUAUUGAAGAAUGUGGAGGUCUAUUGUCUAAGACGCAUGCAUAUCAGGUAGAAGAGUGUAGCUUAAGGGGUGAGUUCCUGCAACUGCACAAGAGGCUUACUGCUAAAAUACAGGGAGAAGAGAUCAAGUAUUCAACACUCAGUGCAGUUCAUAUGAGAUAAGUAUUUGAGGCUUUUUAUGUUCUUGGAAUUUCUUCCUUCUGGACUUGGAGGUGGAGAUGGAGGUGGUAAGGGUGGUAGAGGAGAAUAAUCAAAUUAAAAUUAGGCCAUUGAGUAAAUUGAUUGAUUGAUUUGGUUCUUUAAUAAUUGUAAGGCCUGAAAAUUUCGGGCCUAUUAUUAUUUCAUAUUUGACAUUAUAUAAUAUGAGUGUAUAUACAUUCAAUUA